AUAUUUGAAAAUGUACUAGCGAAAUGUCUUUGCUUGUAUAAUAUAUCAUUAUCACUGGUUCAGCGUUUCAUGUUACUCUGUUAUCUCUGGGCAAAACCAAGAGGAAGUCAACGUAGUUCAAGUCAAGCAACUCUCUUUCUAUAUUCGUCGAGAAUUGGCCGCAGUCGGAGAGUAGGAAAGAAUGGCCAACUAUUCAGGAGUUAUUCAAGUGUGUUUUUUUCUUUUGGCUUAUUACAUCUGUUUGACGGCUGGAACGAAUUUGGAAAGCAGAUUUUUGCAGUUUGAAAAAAAUUUCGUGAAUGUCAAAGAAGCUUUGGAGGCUAAAGUUGUGACUUUAGAAACGAAAGUGGCUCGACUAGAGGCCAAAGUGGAACAACAAGAAUCGCAAAUCGCUGCCUUGAUAUUGAAGGAAAGAGAGAAAGACCAGAGUUCUUCAACCAAGAAGUUUACGAUGAGUGUUGAACUGAAUCAAAAUUAUAAAAGAAACGCCAUCUUUAGGACAUGUCAAGAGCUUCGCUCAUCAAAUCCGCUGUUGGAGUCUGGCAUGUAUUGGAUCGAUCCUGACGGCCAAGGAGUCGGGGAUGACGCUAUCCAUGUCUUUUGUGACAUGAAAUCAGGCAAAACGUUGAUUGGACACGACAGUGAAUCGAAAAUAGAUGUAGGAAAAUGCGCCGAGCCUGGAUGUUUUUCCAGGAAAAUCAAUUAUUACGCAACAGAUAGGCAAAUUGAAUCUUUAAUCGGAUUGUCCGACAAUUGCAAUCAAACGAUCAAGAUCAAUUGCAAUAAUGCACCGUUGAAUGUCGGUGGUGUUGCCUAUUCUUGGUAUAAUACCAACAACAACAAGUAUGAUGGAAAGCAAACAUUUUCAGACUGGUUGAAAAACUGUGACUCUGGGGGAAACACACAAGACGAUGGAUAUUGGACGAGUACAUUUCUGCCCAUCACACGCCUUCAUUUUGGUGGCACCUUAAAAGGAUCCCUUCAGCACACGCUGGGAAAAAUAGAGUGUGAAGGAAAGGCAAAAUCUGAGGGAAUGCCCAAGUCGUGUGAAGACUUGUGGAGAAUUGGACACACCCUGAACGGAAUUUUUGCUGUAAAGGGAAGUAAAAGCAUCGAAAGUCUCUACUGUGAUUUCAACAGACGGCCCAAUGAAAACGGUUUUCAGAAAUGGAUCGGAUACGCCGACGUCAAAUCUGCGCCCGUCCAUUUCCACGUCACGAGAAAUUCUGAUUCUGAAACACAAAACACUCCGAUUCCGUUCUCGAGGGCGUUGGUGAACGAGGGAAACGCCAUGGAUUUGACGUCGGGGAAAUUCACGGCCCCGCUACCGGGAAUUUAUUUUUUCUCUUUCGCGGCAGUGGCGUAUCUAAAAGAUUCAUCUUAUGUUGAUUUUUAUUCUCGUCUUUUUUUGAACGGGAAUCUAAUCGGGUCGAGUAAUGUUCAUGAGAAUAACGCCCCCGUUGAUCAAGUUAGUCCGUUGACCCUCCAGAUGACGCUCAACUUGAAAAAAGGCGAUCGAGUCUGGGUGGAGAUUGUUUAUUAUGGUUCAUAUUCGGAGAUUGAAUCCUCGUUGAAAUCCUCGUAUUUGUCUGACGGCAGUUCCCACUUUACCCAUUUCACGGGUUUCAUGUUGGAGGAGGAAAUUGCCGCGUCACUUUGA